AUGGCCACCAGGACAGAUGGCAUUCAGCUUCUUCUACAAGCAGAAAAAAACGCAGCAGAAAAGCUGAAUGAGGCCAAGAAGCGGAAAGAAAAAAGGCUUAAGGAAGCAAAAAAGGAAGCCCAGGCUGAAAUAGACACUGAAAAAGCUGCCAGAGAACGAGAAUAUAAGACCUUAGAAGAAAAGAUCGAGGCUCAAAUCGAAUUGGGAACGCAAGGAAUUAUAAAACAACAAGCUGAGCAUAUGCAGGUUUACAAAGAAGAUGCGAUCAAAAUGCUGCUGGAUAUGGUCCUCGACAUCAAACCAGAACUCCAUAAAAACUGUCGUUGA